AUGGAGAGCCUGUCUCAUACAUCAUCAAGGACAAAAGCCAGGCUGUGGGGAGAGGGCCCCGGGGGGAGGGCCCUUCCUGCCUCCUCCCCUUCCCCCUCCUCAGCAUCUCCUGGACACAGAUCUGUGACAGAGGCGGCAGAGGCGCUGCAGAGUUCAGUGUCCGUCCGAACGGUCCGGUCUCUUCGGUUCUCGCGAGGGGCUUCUGGCAGUGCGCAGACGCUGGUCUCCAGCGGAUGGACACUCCAGAGGAAAAUGAUUAGCCGUGGGCAGAGUGUAGACAGGAUGCCGCGGGACAGGACCCCCCUGAUCCAGAAGAUCGCCAAACAGGCUUUUGUGUGCUUCAAACACUGUCUGACCCAGGCUGUCCCAGACCAGCCGCUCCCAGACCAGCACCUCAUCUCCCUCGUCACGGCGCUCCGAGCCACGGAUCUCAAGUUAGUCCCACGGAAGAGCAGCCGUCCUGAGGAAGGGGCCCAGAGCCCCCCCGUCACAUACAUGCACAUCUGUGAGACCCCCGAGUUCAGCAUGGGCGUGUUCCUGCUCCGAGCGGGCUCCUCGAUCCCUCUGCACGACCACCCGGGAAUGAACGGCAUGAUCAAGGUGCUGUAUGGGAAGCUGAACGUUCGCUGCUUUGACAAACUGGACUCCGAUGGGACGACCCCCCCUGAGUUUGAUCCAGCCUUGCCCCCCUCUCAGGUCCCGUCUCUGUGCCGCUCAACGCUGCGCUGUGUCUCUGAGUACUCUGCCGACAGCGCCCCGUGCCUCCUCACUCCACAGCGGGACAACCUGCACCAGAUUGAGGCGUUGGGGGGCCCCGCCGCCUUCCUGGACAUCUUGGCCCCCCCUUAUGACCCUGAUAACAACCGAGACUGUCACUACUACAGAGUCCUGCAGCCCUCAGCUCCAGGCUCUGAGAGUCCAGAGGAGACGUGGCUUUUAGAGAUCCCUCAGCCUGAGGACUUCUGGUGUGGGGGCCAGGCGUACCCAGGGCCCCCAGUGUCCAUGUGA